AUGAAACCUCUAAAUGCUACAAGAAAUGGUGGCGUGCCAGAUAAUUUUACCUUCUCUUUGUUGCUGAAAAGUUGUAGGCAACUGGGUUCUGUAAAAUUAGGAAAGCAAAUGCAUUGUAGGAUUUUUAAACAUGGGCUGGAGAAUCAUGUCCAUCUGAGUAAUACUUUGAUUCUUAUGUAUGGUAUGCUGAGGGUAAUUGGGACGGCUAAGGAGUUGUUCAGAGGAAUACCUGAAUCAGGACUAGUAGCCUGGAAUACUGUCAUUGAUUGUCAUGUUUAUUGUGGGAAUUACAAAGAUGCGCUUGAAUGGUUCUUGAAUAUGCAUGGAAGUGGCAUGGCAUUCGGUGAGGUAACGUUGGUGGUCGUUUUAUCAGCUAGUUCUUCAUUGGGUGGACCAAACAUAGACCACUAUGGAAGCAUGCUGGAUAGUCUCGGUAGAGGUGGAAUAGUCACGGUGGCUUAUCAAUUGAUAAUUAGUAUGACAAUGGAAAGGAAUACAAUGCAAUCGAAUGGAGAAUGCUAUUGGGUGCCUGUAGGGUUCAUGGCAGCAUGGAACUACGAGUACGGAUAA